AUGGCACCAGCGCGCAGACGACCCCGUAGACGCGUUCGAGCUGUCCCUACAGCCGCAAGUGCGAGACCGAGCCGUCGCGCUGCUGUUGAAGCCACGGCGAAGAAUGAAUUGAUAUUGGCUCGCCCCAAGUCUGUACCGAAGCCCACAUUAGUGUAUGAAGCCGACCGAGAAGACAAAGAUUCGUUCUUUGAUAAUGAAGUCCCCGCCGAAAUCUAUAAGAUGAUUAUGGAUCUUCUCGAUCCGGGCAGUGCCACCUGCUUCGGCCUGGUAAAUCGGAAGGCACACAACGCCUGGCUGAAGAACUACGACUAUGGUGAUGUUAAUCUAAACACCAUGGCUAUCCCAGCACCGGGUGGCCUCACUCGUCCUCUGAGGACACUUUUGUGGUUCUGGGCGGGUCCGGAUUUGUUCUUUAAUGCGCUUCUAGGCAUCUUUACCCCUGAAGAAGAGCUCAUGGAGACGUACGAAGACUUUAUGGACCUUCAUAAGGAUGAGGUAGCGCAGCAGGAACGUGAAGCGGAGGAACGCGAAGAGGAAGAAGAGAGGGAGCGAGAACAGAGGCGGUACGAUCGUCAACAACGCCGGCUUCACACAGGAACUGUAGCUCAUGCACACGAAGUUGAAGGCUACAGUGAUAACAAGCACUACAAUAGCGAUCUGGAGGAAGAAAAUUCCGGUGAUGAGGAUGAUGAGGAUGAUGAGGACGAUGAAUGA